AAAGCUUUCCAUUCAAUCAGGUUUUCCUCAUAGAAGUUCAGCGCCAGGUGAAUCAGUUAGAAGGGAACACACAUGAUUUCAGGAAUGGAUUAUAGAAAACAUUUUAAAAUGGACUGGGCUCGAAUACUUCAGAACUGUAUUGGCAUGCUCCUGCUGGCCCACAUGGUCUCCAGUGAGUCAGUUUCUGAAGUUACAUUCAGUGUCAAAGAGGAAGAAGAUGUCGGUGUUUCUAUUGGGAACAUUCAGCAGCAUCUCAUCCCUCUGGUAUCCGAUGGAGACACGUUAACUUACAAGUUCUUGGAGAACAAUCUAUACGUCACCCUGGAUGAGAUAACUGGGUUCCUGUACACAACCAAACACAAACUUGACAGAGAAAUCCUGUGUCCACCCGACCACUUGGGUGACUGUGUGCUGCAAUUAAAUGCUAUUGUUAUGCCUGAUAAAUAUUUUAAAAUGAUUAAAGUCAACAUAGACAUAGAAGACAUUAAUGACAAUGCACCCUACUUUCUGGAGAACAAUAUUUCCCUGUCAAUAUCCGAGAACACCCCAGUGGGAACAACAAUUGGAAUUGACCAUUUGGCCCUUGAUAAAGACACCGGGACUAACAGCAUGCUCACUUACCUGCUUGAAAACAGCGAUGGGUUUUUCAGUAUAGUAUUAGAGGGGGAGUCACUUUCUGUCAUCAUCGAGAAGCCACUGGACCGGGAAUCUCUGGAUGUUCACCAAAUGAAACUCAUUGCUACUGAUGGAGGGCAUCCAUCUUUAUCUGGAACUGCUGCCUUGAAUGUUCAGGUAGAAGACGCCAAUGAUAACUGUCCAGUGUUCACUUCAGCAGAACCCAUCCUGGUCACUAUUCCUGAAAAUGCAGCCGCAGAUAGCAUAGUGGCACAGGUUCACGCAACUGAUGCAGAUCUUGGCUCUAACGCGGACAUUAUUUAUUCUUACAGCCCUCGAGUUUCUGCUGCAUCCAGGGAAUUGUUCAGUUUAGACCCAUCUUCUGGCAUUAUCACUUUCUCAGGGGUUGUAGAGAUGGAGACACCUCAUGAACACAAACUAAGUGUGUUCGCAAACAGUGCCCCCUGCCCUCCAGCACUAGCAGUUGUAAUAGUUUAUUUAAAUCAGGAUACAAAUCAACAACCAGUGAUAGACAUCAGCUACAUCGCAAGUCUGGAUAACGAUGAUGUUGUGUUGAAGGAGAAUGUACCUGUGAACACGGCAAUCGCCCUUUUGGAUGUAAUUGACCCACAUAAUAUUAAAGGCUCACUUAACAUCGAAGGAGAUGUCCCUUUCAUUUUAAAACCACACCAUGGGAAAUAUUUACUGCUGACGUCAAAGCCACUCGACUUUGAACUUGAUAAACAAUACAAUGUUUUUAUUGUUGCACAAAAUGCCAACCAAAAGAGCAUUUUCCACAAAAGGUUCAUCCGAAUCCGAGUAAAUGAUGUGAAUGAUAAUGCUCCAAGGUUCUCCCAAAGAUCUGUUGAAGCUUCCAUUGAAGAAAACAAUGGGCUAGACACUCCUUUGAUCAGACUAACUGCAAUAGAUGCAGAUAGUGACCAAAACGGACAGGUGGUUUACAGUCUAGGCCCAGAUGCACCACCAAUGUUUGCGAUUAACACAUCAACAGGUGAGCUCACAGUGUCUUCAGUACUAGACCGGGAACAACAGGAUCUUUACAAUUUCACCGUGGUUGCUGCUGAUCAGGGUACUCCGUCUUUAGAAACCGUAACCACUGUCCUGAUCCGAGUGCUGGACCAAAACGAUAACAGACCACUUUUCAUUACCAACGAGUUUACCUUCUUCAUUCCAGAGAACUUCCCCCGCCUCGGGGAGGUGGCAAUUAUUAAUGUGACGGAUGCAGACACAGGGCCCAACGGUAAAGUGAUGGUUUCCAUCCUAAACAGCACUGUACCAUUUGUGAUGGAUAAUGCUAGAGGAACACUGCGUUGCUCUUCUGAUAUAGACAGAGAGACAGCAGACAUACACGAAAUUUGGAUUGUGGCUAUAGACGGUGGGAAUCCAGCCUUAUCGACCACUGCCAAAGUGACCAUCUUUGUUUUAGAUAUCAACGACAACCCUCCCAAGGUUCUCCUGCCCAAGAACAACUUCUCCUGCCUGCCAAUUCCUGCAAGCACAGCUCCGGGGGCAACAGUUGCUGAGAUUUAUGCUAUUGAUAUGGAUGCUGGGAUGAAUUCAGUUAUCAGCUACAAGAUCAUUGGAAAAGAAGCUCCUGGCCCCAGUCCCUUUAAGAUCGAUUCCUUGACGGGCAACAUAACCCUUCAGGAAAAGCUUCUGACUAAUCAUUACGGCAUGCACCACUUAUUUAUUCAAGUAAGUGACGGUGGAUUACCCAAACCUCUACAAUCCACCAUUUGGAUUAAUCUUUUUGUGAAUGAAACUUUAAGCCCUUGUGUUUUAAAUACAGUGCCUGAAGGUUUUUUUCAAGAACAGCCUCUAGAAAUGCAAAACUUAUGCGGACGUGAGUUUUCUGAAAUCCUGUGCUUGCCAUUAACGUUUAUUGUUGGUCUGGCAAUGAUGACAGCUUCCCUUAUAUUUUUUGCAGCAGGUAUAUAUAUGUUUCGAAAAGCAACAGUGAGCAACUUGAGGAAUAUGAUUAGGCCUGCUCAUGAGGAUGCUGAAAUCCCUUUAAAACUGAACCAAAACUAUGACACUAGAGACUGGGUUGAUGUACAAUAACAGAAUACCUCAAAUAAGCCAUACCCUGAACUGGACAAACACUGUAUGUUGUACAUAAGAUUUUUUUUUUAUUCACAGUAUUUUUUAAAUAUUUUAUACAUGAAUUAAAUGGCAUUUAUGAAUGAGUUUGCAACAUUUUGACCAAAAUAUGUAACUCGCAAGUUUAAAACUGAAAUUAGACAGCUCCAGUCAAAAUAAGUUCCACAGGGGCUCAGGUGGUAAAUCUUCACGGCUACGAGAAUCGCACGCAGUCUCAUCAGCAGAUUAGAAUCAUGUACACUUGGGAAAUCUUUGGAAUAUAGAAGUGGCGGUACUGCGUAAUUAUCAGCCUAUUUUAAGCACUAUACAUGUAUAUAUGUAUGUAGUGUUGGGAAAGUUACUUUUAAAGGGUAAUCUGUUACAAGUUACCAGUACUUGAACAACAUUGUAACUACUGUAGUUACAGUAACUUAUUACUUUGAAAACAAAAAUUGUUACACUUAGAAAUGGUUACAUCCCAGGCAUAUUUUACAAGUUCCUGAAAAAUGUAAUCGGAUUACAGUAAUGCGUUACACAUGAAGUGUGACUCCCCAGGACUGUCUAUAUUUUAGCCUUCAGUGCGCUGGACUUCAACAGAAAGAACGCAUUGUUGACCACCCAGUUGGUUUAGAUUCAUUUAAGCCUUUGAGACACAAGCUUCCUCCCACUAUCCUGUUCCUGCUACCACUGCAGCACUAAUAUGUAUUUGAUAAUCUCUUCAGGGUCUGGAAGCAAAGUUUUUAAGAAGGAGAUUUUGUUUUCAAAUAGUGUGUUGCAUCUUGGCAGCGGGUAUUUUCAAUAUGAUUUUUGUAAAAAAAGAAAUUGUUAAUUAUUACUUUGUCCAAAUAAAAGCCUUUUUACAUGU